AGUAGGAAAUUAUUUAGCACGAAACGAAUCACGAACCAAAUCACAAAAUUAUCAUACAAUUUUUUUAUUAUUAUGUAUUGCUAUCAACGAAUGCAAGGAGGUGAGAUUUUAAUCUGUUAAUACCUGUGUAAAAUGAGCGCAGAACAGUAAAGUAGCUGUGUUGGUGUUAACUUUCGCUGUUUCAUCGAACGUUUCUGCAUCGUACUACACGUAAACAUUGUUCGCAUUAAAUUUUGGAAAUUUUUUUUCAAAUGUGCGAUAGAAGAGCGACAGAAGACAAGUGAAGAACUCAUUUUCGAGUAUGCUGGAUUUGUAUUCAGAUUAAAAUUAUCAAAACAGAAUGGCCCUGUGUAGUAAAUUAUUAUCUCGUGUACCUACAUCAUGUCAAGAAUAUGUGCAUCCAUGGACACCUUCGUGUUACACAGCGAGCGCAGGAUUAUUAUUACACGCUCUUCAGUCUUCGUUUCGUUUAUAUGUGACCGUUUACGCCUUGGCCUUGUUGAUGAAAGGACGUAAACCGUCGAAAAAGGACAUCAAACGCACAUUGUACGGAAUUUUGCAAUCGACCGCUUUUAUAGGAUGUCACGCUGUGGGAUUCUCACUCUGCGCUUGUUUCAUGAGGCACGUUCUAGGAUAUUAUAAUUUUUUCACGUUUGCAUUUUUACCAACGUUUGUAUCGAGCUGGUUCGCCAUACUCGUAGAAAGACCAUCUCGACGAUCGUUACUCAGCUUAUACGUUACCAAUAUCGCAUCUGAAACGUUAUACCAAAUGUUGGUUUGGAGAAAGGUCGUCAAACCGAUAGCGUUCGCUGACGUACUGAUUUUUACGUCUUCUAUCUCAUGUCUUCUGUAUCUUUACCGUAGUCAGUAUAAAUCCGCCGAUUCUAUUUAUUCGUUGAUAAGGUUUAUCGUAGGUCCCUACGAACAAUUAGGUUAUACUCCAGAUUCACCAGAUACCGAAUCAGCGCCUCGACAAUUCCCAUCUGAUAAACCGAAACGUCCAACUGCUUCGGUACCUUCGACAUCGAGGGGCGUUCAGCAAAAACGCUCUUCACAUGGUACUUUAUAUAGUGCUUUGACGUUAUUCUUUCAUUGUAUCAAGGAGUUCAAAAACUACUUGAAAACAGUUACCAAAUGUCAGUAUUGCUCUCAUCCGCAUGGCUGUGUUCAUUAUUGGCUACAAGGAGGUACGAAAGUAUUUGCUAUCGGAUAUGGAUUACAGCUUAGCUUGCGUACCCUGAUGCAAAUGAGAAAAAUAGCUCGAAGGCCUGUGUUACUUCUUAGAGCUUUGAAAAGUUCGGAUACUUUUAGCUUAGGAGUAUUCUUAGGAGGAUUUUCGUUUUUAUAUAGGUUCAUCUCCUGUAUGUUGAGACGAUCGUUGCGCAGAGAUACUCAGGCGAUAGCGAUACCAGCAGCAUUCGUUGCUGGGUUCACGUUCUGUUUUUACCGAAGCAAUACCAUAGCUCUUUACGUUAUGUGGAAAUCAUUACAGAUUUUGUACUUGGUUGGACGAGAUAACAAAGUUGUACCAGAAGUUCCUCACGCAAGCAUCUUUUUCCAUUGUUUAUCCACCGCGAUUCUAUUCCAAGCUGCGAUAUUCGAGCCUCAAAAUCUACGCUCGUCGUAUUGGAACUUUUUACACAACAUGUCUGGCGGAAGAAUCGGCGCAAUGGACCGAAAAUGUCUGGAUAUGUAUGGAUUAGAUUCCAGUAAGAUGGUUGAGAUGAUUAAAAAUAAGCAUCGAAGAAGUUGAAUGACCGGAUUAAAGGUAUCAAAUAUGAGCUAACGUGUUGAUGGAUCACGUUUACGAAUUUAAUAGGGUUGGGAUUACUAAAUAUUACGACCGUACAACGUUUGUAGUACAUUGGAUUAUCAUUUUUUCUCUUUAUUUAUUUUUAUAUAAUGUUUAUAUAAAUACUACGCCAAGUUUUGUACUGUUGGUCUAUCUGAAUUUUUUCCUUUCUUUGUGUUUCAUUGUUACGAUCAUUGUGUUUGUGUAUUAUGGUGUAUGUGUAAUCAAAAUAUAACUUUUUACCUUAUUUUUAUUACAGAAA